AUGUGUAAAGACGAUGCUGAGGGUGUUUCUCUCUGUGUCUUGCUUUCACAUUUACAAAAAGCAAAGGGGAAGCUAACUUGCGUAGUUGAAAUAAGGGAUAGACAACAAAAAUUAAUAGCAACAAAAGAAAAUCAGUUAUUAGGGCAUGUUUUGAUAACGAGAAUAGCAGGAAGGAAAUGAAAUAUUUUUAAAAUUUUUCAAAUUUAAUUUUAUUCUAAAAUUUUUUAAAUUAAAAAAGCCGGUGAUUUUUAAAUAAAUUUUGUAACAGAACUCAACUGUCUUCACUUAAAAAUUUUCUUGGCGUUCUGUAUUUUUCCUUACUAUUUUUUAAUUCCCUCUCCAUUUCUACUCCCUAUCCAAAAUUUGUUUUAUUAAAAUGCAGCAUUAAUAUAAAAGAGAAUUUUGCUGGGCAACCCCGUGGGGCUAGAUCGUUGCUGAGUACUGCGCCGGACUAGUGUCAGACAAGGAAGUGCUUUGAGGGCAGAGAAAAAGAACUAAUUCUUUUCUUCAAUGUGCUGGGUCGUCUGUGUGGUGCGGCCCCAAUUUCGCCUUUCUGCCAGUCACACCCGACAGCUAGACAGUUGGAGUGUUUUCCCACUCCAUUCUUCAUAACCUUCCCUCUCAUUCCACACACACUAACCCUAGUAGAGAAGAGAAGUGCCUUCUGGCAUAAAAAUGAGAGUAGAAAGAAGUGUGCGGAGGUGAGACGCACAAAAAUGAGUGCUUCGGCAUUAAAAAAUUUCUUUAGUGAGCCUCGGCUCAACAAAAACCAUGAUGCGUAUGCGCGUCGAAAUCACGUUCU